AUGAGCGGCAGUAUUCGAGAAAUCGGGUUCAUUCUAAACGACAUCAAAACUACCGACAUCUUCCAGAGAUAUUCAAUCUAUUUGAAAAUUGAAAAUUACGAACCUAUCAAAAUUGGCGACUUCGGCAAAACUGGUAAGUUUUUGAAGUCAAUUGAAAUUGGUUUUAUUCUAAUUUUAAGUAUAAAACGUGUUCAGAUCUUCCAAAAGGCCAAACAUUUCCGGUGCUCCUCGGCGAAAAAUGGUUCGAUCGAUCGGAAAUCGAGUUGGAAGUGCGCAAAAACGGCGAGAAAUACAGCGCAAUUGUAGGAUUCAAUUGUCGAGAUGUAAGCGCGAAUUCAAAAUGUUUUUUGUUCAAAACGAUGUUCAGAGCAAUGCGGGAUUGUACGGAACGCUGGAUCUGUUCAACGAGCGAAACCGCGAGGAGACGUUGGAAAUCACGUGCACGAUUGUGAUCGAACGGCCCGAACGACGAGAGAGUGUGCGGGCGAGGGAGACGCAGACGGUCCCGGUCAGAAGGACCGAGGCCGCAGUUCAGGUUGGUCUUUGGUUUUUGAGGCCUGAACUGAUUGGACUUGGAUUGAAGUGUUUUGGUGUCCAAGUUUCAGACCCGAGGCCGAAAAAGCCGGGCCUGAAAAUGUGAUAUUUUCCAACUUUCCAGACUCAAAACGCCCCGGAAACCACGAAAACCGAUGCGUCCACUUGCACAUCGGGCAGAUCGAUGAGUGUGGAGCAAAUCGAGCCGAUCAUCGCUUCCUCGAUCGCCAGACACCUUCAAGAGCACCGCCGCGAAGCGAAACGUUCGAAGGAUCCACCGAAAGAGAGCCAAGAGCCGGCGGAUCCGAAGCCUAGCGAUGAGCCCGAUGAUACCGUCCAUAUUGGACCCGAUGAUGCCCAAUUGAACUCGUUUAAUCUGGUCCCGCGGCUCACAAGACUGAGAGAAUUGGACGCGCAAAUUGCGGAAAAGUCUCGAAUUUUGCGAGAAUUGGAUGUGGAAUUGGAAGUCAAACGGAAGUUGAAUCAAGUGAAAAUGAAGAGGGAAGAGAUUGAAAAGGAGAAGAAGAAAGUGAAAGAGCCUUCUGAAUCGUCAACGUCUUCGAGGUCUUCCUCUUCGUCGUCGACGUCGUCAACGUCGUCAAGUUCCGAAUCUUCUUCUUCUUCCACAGAGCCAUCAAGUUCAGCGAUUUCCACGACGACAUCUUCGAAAUCUUCUUCGAUAUCAUCGAAAAAACCGCCGGCUCCACCGAGAAAUCCCGUAAAACCGGCUCGAAAACCAGACGAAACUGACGAAAGGUACAAGCGCGCUCUAUCGCACUGAUUUCCCUCUUUUUCAGCACAAUCGAAGACCCGUUUUCGGCGCACAAAAGCCCGGAGCCCGAGGAGCCGCAGCCGGCGAUUUCGCCGACAACCGCCUAUCUCGAAUCGAUGAAACAACGUCUGCUCGCUCAAUAUCAAGAGAAAUUCGAUCAAUAA